CGCGUCGCGUCGCACCGCGGCUCGGCUCUCGGGCCUCGGCGGCGCGCGGCGCGGUUCAGUCCGGUUCAGUGCGGCGAGGUUGGCCGAUAAGCGUGCGCGCGCGCGUCCACGAGCCUGUCCAGAACGUUCGACGUGGGGGAGAGCGCGUAAAGAAUUCCGGUUGGCGGCCGCGUGGCGAGGAGGUUCGUGUCCCUGCGUCGAGUCCGUCCCCGGCUUCGUCAAGAUUCUGCGGCACGCGCUCGGCACGAUCAGGAGGAUGACGACGGCGGUCGACAAGGAGGAGGCGCGGAAGCGCCUGACGCCGCUGCAGUGGCAUGUGACGCAGGAGAAGGGCACGGAAAGGCCGUUCACCGGUUGCUACAACAAGUUCUACGAAAAGGGGACGUACACCUGCAUCGUGUGCGACCAGGAGCUAUUCGCCUCGGACACCAAGUACGACAGCGGAUGCGGCUGGCCCGCGUUCAACGAGGUUCUGGAUCAGGGACGCGUCAAGCUGACCAAAGACACCACUCAUGUCGGCGGCAAUCUACUACUGCUGAUCGCAAACCCAGAUAUGGUGCGGACCGAGGUGACCUGUUCCAAAUGCGACGCGCACCUGGGCCACGUGUUCAACGACGGGCCGAAGCCGAUGAGGAAGCGCUUCUGCAUCAACUCUGCCUCGAUAAGCUUCCAUCCGGCGGGGGAGGAGAAAACGUCCUCGUAAAACCGGGCAGCGUGCGUCUAUUGCAUCCUUUUACCUAAUUUUUAUAUAACGAGUCUCGAAGGAGGAGUCACAUCUCGUACUAUGGAUAUUAAAAUACCUCCGUUUUUAUUAUUUAUGCGUUGUAAAGAGAGAUAGUAAGUAAAAAUAUCGGUCGAAAUACCAAACGGGCUGUCUGUAAAGUGAAUCUGUUACUAUUAUAGGGAAUAUUUAAUAUUUUAUCACCACCGACGAUGUGCUGUUAACAAGCGUUUUUACGUCAUUUACUACAUUGGAUCGAUAGUAUGACGAUAGUAGAUGUUAAUUGUGUACGAGUCUCGAACGUACUCGCGUAUACUCCUUUUUACAUUGGAGUCUCCGUCGCAAGUUAAAGAAAUGUACCGUUGACGUGAAUAUAGAGCGUUUCCGACCGACUUUUCACUUGCGACGAGAACUCCGUGCUAUCGGUUCCCUCGAAUCACAUUGUACACCGCCUACUUUCGAUAUUACAAAUGUACAUUUCCGUAUCAACGGACAAAGUGUAACCACCCACACGGGAUGUAUGUGUACCACGUGGUGUGCGAAAACGCGCGAUACCGGACGGAUGAUAGAAUUGUCUAACCGAGAGAUGUUAUUUUUUCAAUAAACGCCAUAACGUGUAAAUACCACCUAUUCUAACUUAAUAAUAUAUUAAAUGAGGAAUAAAAUGUGGUAGUCAUCAUUUCCUAUUCCUCUUCAAUACUGUUCGGCAGGGAAGAAUAUUUUAUACGAAGCUGACAAGUUUGUUAUAAAAUGUUUCCUUAUAUUGUAACGUUUCAAAACAAACUGAAAGGUGUUAUAAUACAAUAUAUACGCAAAAUUCUAGGCA